AAUCGGUCUGCCGCGGUCUGUCUGUUUGUGCGCGGGGGAGAUGUAUAAGGACACGCACACAGCAGAGGAGAUGCAGGCACAGCAGACGGCACCAUCGUCCGGCCGCCGCGGCUCGUCCUCGUCGUGUGAGUCGUCCAUUCGUGAGGCCAUCCAGCGGGUCCAGGGAGAUCUGACGCAGUUCGACCACCAGCUGAGCGUCAAGGAGAGAGCCGUGGCCGCGCGCACGAGAGGAGGGGGUGCUGGUGCUGGUGCUGGGGGUGGUGCUGGGCUGGCGGCCAUCGACACGCAGGGCCUGCAUGAGACGCUCAGAGGCAUCCAUAGCGUUGUACAGGUGGGCAUUGAUGAGCACAGCACACCCAGGCGCCAAGAGCUUUGUCUGUAUACCCCCUCUCUCUCUCUCUCUCUGUGCGUGUUGUGUGUGUGUGUGGCGAUGGGUGCAGCACACUGAGGACACAUUCCGCACGUGGACGGUUGAGCUGGCGGGGGAGGUGUCGGCCGACAAGCAGCGGCUCAAGUUCGCCUUCGAGAAACUCUCCAAACACUUCCAGGCAGAGAUCGGACGACUCCGCCAACUCGCAAAGCGACUCGUAGAACUCGUGAGCCGAACCUCUCUCCCACCCACCGGGACACCCACCCACCCUCUCUCUCUCUCUCUCUCUCUCUCUCUCUGCAGGAGGAGGUGAUUCGCCUUCGCGCAUCAGCCCAUCGCAAGAGGGCGGCAGCAGCGAGCAAGAAGGACACCACCACCACCACCACCAGUGCAGCAGAUGAGGAGCAGGAGACCCUCCUCAAGCCCUCAUCCACAGACACGGGCACGUCAGGCCGCGCCAGCCAGCCGCGGCAGAUGGAGACCCGCCGGCAGCACCCAUCGCCCACCGCCCCCUCCCCCCACUUCGAUGAGGAGAUGGGCCCGCCCGAGGGAGACGACUUUGAUCAAGACGACGGUGACGACCAGGAUGACCUCGUUCUUGCCCACGACUCGUCCGUGAAGCGGUCGAUCGCCGAGGAGCGGCUCAGGGGCAUCCAGCGCAUCCAAUCGCAGGUGGGCGAGGUCAACGAGAUCUUCCGCGACCUGGCCGUCAUGGUCGAGGAGCAGGGCCAGUUCGUGACCACCAUCGAGAGCUCCAUGGAGAGCACUCUGGACCACACCGGCCGGGGAGUGGAGGAGCUGAAGCGGGCGAGCGAUUUGCAGCGGUCGAGCAGAGAGAGGGGGUGCUUUCUGCUGAUGGUGGUGGUGCUGUGUCUGUUUGUGCUGUCGGUCGUGUGGCGGGCCGAUGGCGGGAGUACCACCAACACAGUGGGAGGCGGCAGCGGGCACAAUUUUUGACCCAUUGACAGACUGAGGAAAUGCCUGCGUUGAUAGCGCUCUUGCGUAGGUUAGGCCUGUCUGGGGGGUUUCCUUCCUUGUAUCUUUGUGAACCAGCGCCUUUGUCGGCCAGCAGUCCCUUGCACCUGAGUAAGGGCUUCCUGUGCGGCAGGGAGAGCUGACACACGAGGUGGGAGGAAGGCCUCCAGCGGGCGGGCCAGUCUGGUUCUUUGAUUGACACGCAGAUCGGGGAAUGAGAUUAGUCAGGUGAGGCUGCAUUCUGCCGCCAUGGAGACGCUAUGUGUGUGACGCUGCAUUGCAUUGGAUCGUUCCCGAUGUCUGUUCGUUGCCUAUUGAUCUCUCCCG